AUGAGUUAUCCUGCAAUGAACCAAGACAUAAUCUUAGGAAUUUUGUCUUACUGUCCGGUGUCAGCAAUUGAAAAAUUCAGAUUUCUAAACAAAGAUUACUACAAACGAAUGUCGGAAUCUUGGUUUAUCAAUCUUAAUCUCCUUAGAACCAAUCCUGUCUUUGGAGUUUUUAUCCAAUACAAAGGACCUCUUUCAACAUAUUAUUCCACUUAUUAUGUCCUCACUUCUAAGAACAUUCAUCAUAGAUCUAAAGUCUCGCUCGAGUUUUUACCGGUAGAGAAGGUAAAGAUCGAAGCUUGUGACCCAAGUCAUGGGAUUUUGCUCUGUGUUGAUCCUAAGUGCUAUGGACGAACAACGUAUAUUGUUUGUAAACCAACCACAAAACAGUACCAUACUAUACCAAACCCGGAAACCGGAUGUUUACGGACAAUUGUAACCGGCUUAGUCGUCAUUGGAGCAAAUCCUUUUCGAUAUAAGAUUGUCAAACUAUCUCAGCAAAAUAAGAUAACGUUUUCAGAAAAUGAUAAUUGCUACACACUCAUAUGCGAAGUUUUCGAUUCUGAUUUGUUUACAUGGAAACGAUUAGACGAUGAUGUGAAGCUACCAGAAGGAGAAUUCUUAAGGAUUUCAAGUGUACCAGUAUUGAUUAACGGAUUCUUGCAUUGGUUAACGACUUCGAACAAGAAUGUAUUCCGGUUUUGUAUGAAAACCGAAACAUGGUCUCUCCAUCCGCUUCCGAACGAUUUAACAAGAACUAGUCCUCUAGUUUUAGCUAAGUACAAAGACAAGCUAGGCAUAAUUCUUUGGAAACAGAAAAGCAGAGAAAACUUAAAGGGAAUUUGGGUAUUGGAUAGUAGUUUUGGGAAGACAUGGGUGAAUGUGAAAGAAGAGAAAAGUAUAGUAGAAGAAGAUAAAUUAGUUAAACCUGUGUGGUUGCUCCCAGAAACCAACGUUGCAGUGGUGAUGUGUGGUUUUGAUUGGGUUGGUCUUUAUGAUAUGAAGACUAAUAGCAUGAAAUCUGAGCGUUACAAGAUAAGCCUUCCAUUUACUGUUGAUUACAAUUCUUCUUCCGUUGAUUAUUUCCCUUUUUACUCUGACUAUGAAAGACUUAAUCUGAACGAAGGUCAAACAGUUGUUAGACAGUCAAGAGUGUGCCAAGAUAAUUGGUAG